AUGGAAGAUACAAAAACAAUACUUUAUGAAAUUUAUAAACAAGAAUAUAUCCAAACAAUACAAAAUCUUAUUAAAAGAAAAGAAAAAGAAGAAAAAGAAACAAAAGAAAUAAUGAAAAAAGAACAAAAAGAAAGAGAAAAAGAAAUUGAAAAUAAAGAAUAUACAUGUGAUAUAUGUUAUUCAGAUAUUAAAAUUCAAGAUAUUUAUAUAUUUGAUUGUGGACAUAAAUUUUGUAUAGAUUGUUGUUAUGAACAUAUUCAUGAAAAAAUAUUUAAUGGUGUAGUUAAUAUAAGAUGUCCAAAAUCUAAUUGUUGUCAUAUUAUAACAUUUGAAGAAGUAUAUCAAAUUAUAAGAAGACAUCAACCAAUAGAUCAAGAACUUAUAGAAAGAUAUGAACGAUAUAGUAUUCAAGAAUAUUUAAAAAAAGAAAAUAAUUGUAGAUAUUGUCCACAAUGUGGUACAGGUGUAAUAGGAGAUCCAAAUAUACCAGAAAUUGAAUGUCAAAAUGAAGAAUGUAAAAAAAAGAAAAUUAAAUUUUGUUUUAAUUGUAAAGAAAUAUGGCAUUCAGGAUUAACAUGUUCACAAUAUCAAGAAUGGAAACGAAUGAAUUGUGAAGCUGAUAAAAGAUUUUUAUCAUGGGCACAAAAAAAUACAAGAAAAUGUCCAAAAUGUAAUGCAACAAUAGAAAAAAAUAGAGGAUGUAAUCAUAUGACAUGUGUAAAUUGUGGAUAUCAAUUUUGUUGGUUAUGUAUGCAAGAAUAUACUUCUUCUCAUUUUAAAAAUGGAAAAUGUAAACAAUAUUCAUAA